GAGAAGCUCGUUGUCGUUUUGCGCGAUGGGAGGAAGUUGAUUGGUGUCCUGAGGUCGUUUGAUCAAUAUGCGAACUUGGUGUUGACGGAUACGACUGAGCGGAUACACUAUGCCGACGUCUACGGUGACAUCCCUCGAGGCGUAUUCAUCGUCCGCGGAGAAAAUGUCGUGCUACUAGGCGAAAUCGACCUCGACAAAGAAGACACCGUCCCCCUGCGGGAAGUACCAGUCGAACAAGUCUUCGCCCUGCAACAACAAGAAAAGGAAGCGAGGGUCGCGAAGGAGAAGUCACGGAACAGGGUUUUGCAUGAUCUUGGGUUCUCGGUUGAUUGGAGUAGGGAUGACAUGUACUAA